UUUGGAUUCAUGCAGCCGCCCAAGAUAUGGUAUCUCCAGGUCCUGGACGUGGCAACAUCCGUGUGCGUCUACAGCAAGCAAUGGCAUUGGCAUGAAGAUGCAAGAGUUGAAGGACUGCGAGCCCUUGUGCACAGCUUCUCCCAGUUUGCUCGAGAAAUCGACGGCGGGCCAGUGCAGACCGUUCAUUUUGGUCAGUCGCCGUCGAUCCAAGUGCCGAGGUGGUCAAGCAAAGCUGCAACGUCGAUGGCUGGCAGACGGUAUUCCACGUCGCUUCGUCAAAACUUGCUUCAAUCUCGGUCGUCCAACUCUGGGUCGAACUACGGGACGAGUCCUGCAGCUCCAGCGUUGUGCCUCAACACGUCCACGUCACCUUCCGUGGGGGCGUUCCAUGCUGUCUCGCCGCAGUCGUCGCCCAACUUGCACUCCCCUCAGUUUUCGCCAGCCAAGCACCACCUGCCCCACAAACUUCAAAUGUUGUCUGUGGAAAACGACAACUUCCAAGUUGUCUUGUUCCACAAUGUCCACAACGACGACGUUCGCGGCACGGCCCAAAUCCUUCUCGAUUCGUUCACGUCCAUGUUUCACGACUCGAAAGAGUACGAGGCAGCCAAGCCCAUCAUUCAAAGUCUCUUGGACAAAGACGAGAACCGGCACUUGCUCGGCCUGUUUCAACGGUUUGAUCCAGUCGUUGCAGACGUGGUCGUGGUUGAGUCCUGCGACAGUGCCGAUGGGAUUCAGACUGCGCAGGUGUAAGAGUAGAUAUGGUAAACAUAUUCGGUCCUAUUGUUGU